ACACAGCAUUCCAGGAGAGUCCCGCCUCUAUGUAGACAAAUAGCCAAUGGAAGCCCUGGAUCCCCGAGCAAUGGCUAAUGGAAAUUGAGGUGGGCGGGCCAUCGCGCGGCCAAGCCCUAGUCCGGGAGCUGACCGCCAGAUGCCUCCCCGGGAGCGCGGACCCCAACGCAGGCAGACCAUGUGGGGCCUGAUGAGCUGGCUGGCCUUAGCGGCGGGGCUAGUGGCUGGAACACGGUGUCCAGAUGGUCAGUUCUGCCCUGUUGCCUGCUGCCUUGACCAGGGAGGAGCCUACAGCUGCUGUAACCCUCUUCUGGACACAUGGCCUAUAAUAACGAGCCAUCGUCUAGAUGGCUCCUGCCAGAUCCAUGGCCACUGUCCUGCUGGCUACUCUUGUCUUCUCACUGUGUCCGGGACUUCCAGCUGCUGCCCCUUCUCUAAGGGUGUAUCUUGUGCUGACGGCCACCACUGCUGCCCCCAGGGCUUCCACUGUAGUGCAGAUGGGAAAUCCUGCUUCCAGCUAUCAGAUAACCCAUUGGGUGCUGUCCAGUGUCCUGGGAGCCAGUUCGAAUGUCCCGACUCCGCCACCUGCUGCAUUAUGGUUGAUGGUUCGUGGGGAUGCUGUCCCAUGCCCCAGGCCUUUUGCUGUGAAGACAGAGUGCAUUGCUGUCCCCACGGGGCCUCCUGUGACCUGGUUCACACGCGAUGCAUUUCACCCACGGGCAACCACACCCUACUGAAGAAGUUCCCCGCACAGAAGACCAACAGGGCGGUGGCUUUGCCUUUUUCCGUGGUGUGCCCUGAUGCUCGGACCCAGUGCCCUGAUGAUUCUACCUGCUGUGAGCUACCCACUGGGAAGUAUGGCUGCUGUCCAAUGCCCAACGCCAUCUGCUGUUCCGACCACCUGCACUGCUGCCCCCAGGACACUGUAUGUGACCUGAUCCAGAGUAAGUGCCUAUCUAAGGACUACACCACGGAUCUCCUGACCAAGCUGCCCGGAUACCCAGUGAAGGAGGUGAAGUGCGACAUGGAGGUAAGCUGCCCUGAUGGAUACACCUGCUGCCGCCUCAACACUGGGGCCUGGGGCUGCUGUCCAUUUGCCAAGGCCGUGUGUUGUGAGGACCAUAUUCACUGCUGCCCGGCAGGGUUUCAGUGUCACACAGAGAAAGGAACCUGUGAAAUGGGUGUCCUCCAGGUACCUUGGAUGAAGAAGGUCACAGCCCCCCUCAGCCUGCCAGACCCACAGAUCUUGAAGAGUGAUGUCCCCUGUGAUGACUUCACUAGCUGUCCUACAGACAACACCUGCUGCAAACUCAGUUCUGGGGACUGGGGCUGCUGUCCCAUCCCAGAGGCUGUCUGCUGCUUAGACCACCAGCAUUGCUGCCCUCAGGGCUUCACAUGUCUGGCUCAGGGGUACUGUCAGAAGGGAGACAGAGUGGUGGCUGGUCUGGAGAAGAUGCCCACCCGCCAGACAACCCCGUUCCAAAUCGGAGAUAUCGGUUGUGACCAGCACACCAGCUGCCCAGUAGGGCAAACCUGCUGCCCAAGCCUGAAGGGAACUUGGGCCUGCUGCCAGCUGCCCCAUGCUGUGUGCUGUGAGGACCGGCAGCACUGCUGCCCGGCUGGGUACACCUGCAACGUGAAGGCGAGGACCUGUGAGAAGGAUGUGGACUCGAUCCAGCCUUCCGUGCACCUAACCUUCGGUCCUAAGGUUGGGAAUGUGGCGUGUGGAGAAGGGCAUUUCUGCCAUGAUAACCAGACCUGCUGUAAAAACAGUGCAGGAGACUGGGCCUGCUGUCCCUACCUAAAGGGUGUCUGCUGUAGAGAUGGUCGUCACUGUUGCCCCGUUGGCUUCCACUGUUCAGCCAAGGGAACCAAGUGUUUGAGAAAGAAGAUUCCUCGCUGGGACAUGUUUUUGAGGGAUCCAGCCCCAAGACCUCUACUGUAAGGAAGGGCUACAGACUAACGAACUCCACAGUCCUGGGAACCCUGUUCCGAGGGUACCCACCACUCAGGCCUCCCUAGCACCUCUUCCCCUAAGAGUCUCCCCCGGCCUACUCAUCCUGAGUCACCCCAUCACCAUGGGAGGUGGGGCCUCAAACUAAGACCUUCUUUUAUGGAAAGAAGGCUGUGGCAAAAAGCCCCGUAUCAAACUGCCAUUUCUUCCGGUUUCUGUGGACCUUGUGGCCAGGUGCUCUUCCGGAUCCACAGGUGUUGUGUGAGCUUGCUUGUGUGUGUGUGUGCGUGUGCGCGUGUUGCUCCAAUAAAGUUUGUACACUUUCU